GACGGUUUUAUAGAAGUAGUUUCAAAGAAAAACCGGAAAUAUGCUUACCCGCCCAUUUUCUGCUUUUAUGCCCGAAUUCAAAACGCCACGAAAAAUUCCCUUACACGCCCCUUUGCUCUGUCUGAAAUUUUAUAUUAGGCCCAAGUUUUAUGAACAAUUUCUUGUGUUGGGGAGUUUAUGAAAUUGGGAAACUUGAUUUAAUUUGAUCUGAAAGUCAUCAUGUCACUGAGGCCCAACGGAAGGAUGGAAGCCCGAAAGCGGGUGGGCUACAAGGUGUCGGUGGACAAAGACGAAGCACGCAGGAGGCGGGAGGGAAACGCUAUUGAGAUUCGCAAGAACAAGAGAGAAGAAGGUCUGUUUAAAAAGCGCAGGGAGGCUGCGCAUAACCCUCUACCAAACAAUUUGGAGACUCUAUCAUCAUUGGCAACCUCAGUCAUGUCCCAAGAUACAGCAUUACAGCUUCAUUCUGCUACCCAGUUCCGGAAAUUGUCAGCCCUUGAGAGAGAUCCUGAGAUUGGUGAAAUUAUUAAAACAGGAGUUGUGGCUCGAUUUGUUGAUUUUUUGCGAAGGGAAGAUACACCACAACUUCAGUUUGAGGCAGCAUGGAUUUUAACAAAUAUUGCAUCUGGAUCAUCGGAGCAAACAAGUGUUGUGAUUGAGUGUGGUGCAGUGCCUCUGCUUGUUCAGCUCCUUUGUUCUCCCAAUGAUGAUCUGCGUGAGCAGGUUGUUUGGGCUUUAGCUAAUAUUGCUGGAGACUCUUCCAAGCACAGAGAUCUUAUACUUGGUAAUGGGGCCAUGAAGAAUCUGCUUGCUCAGUUCAAUGAGCAUGCUAGAAUAUCGAUGUUGAGGAAUGCCACAUGGGCAUUGUUAAACUUAUGUCGCGGCAAGCCUCCUCCUCCUUUUGAGCAGGCAAAAGAUGCCCUUUCAACUCUGGAGAGGCUUCUCCAAAUGGACGAUGAAGAAAUAUUAAGUGAUGCAUGUUGGGCUCUUUCAUAUUUUUCUGAUGGAAAUGAUGACAAUAUUCAAGCUGUUAUUGAAGCUGGCGUCCUUCCAAAGCUAGUGAAGCUUUUACAGCAUUCUUCACAAAAUGUUCUCAUUCCUGCUUUGCGAACUAUUGGCAAUAUUGCCACUGGCAAUGACGUACAAACUCAGUACAUUAUCGACAGUCAAGCCCUUCCACGUCUGUUAUCACUUAUUACUAAGGAUCAGAAACUAAGCAUUAAAAGGGAGAUUUGCUGGACAAUCUCUAAUAUCACAGCAGGGAACACGAGUCAGAUUCAGGCUGUUAUCGAUGCAAACAUCAUUCCUCCACUUUUAUAUUUGCUAGCAAAUGCAGAAUUUGACAUAAAGAGGGAGGCAGCUUGGGCCAUUACCAAUGCCACUGCAUGUGGAACACAUGAGCAGAUUAAGUAUUUAGUCAAUCAUGGUUGUGUAAAGCCCCUUUGUGAUCUUCUCCCUUGUCCAGACACGAGAGUUGUGACAGUUUGCCUUGAAGGUCUAGAGAAUAUAUUGAAAGCUUGGGAUGGAGGACACAAUAAUGAAUAUGCCUCAUUACUUGAGGAUGCUGGUGGCUUGGAUAAAAUCGAAGCACUACAGGAACAUGAAAAUACUGACCUCUAUGGAAAAGCAGUCAGAAUCCUUGAGAAUUACUUAGUCAAUGAGGAGGGAUGUAACCCCACAGGUGGCUGAAUUUGAAGAGGUUUUUGAGUGAAUUUGAAGAGCAAAUUGGUUUUUCAGGGGGUACACAAAGAAUAGGCGAAGUCUUCUCAACAAUUGGAUGCCAUCAAAUAUCAAAUUCUCCAACUUCAUGAGAAAGAUACCAUGUGUUCCACGAAGAUGCAACAGUUAUUGAAGUUUAAUGUGUGAUUUUGUUGUUGUUAUGACUGCUCAAGUUCUUUUGUGUAAUGAUUUUAUGAUGAGGUUCAUAGUCCUUUUUCAGACCUUUGUUCUGUCAGGAUGUAUGCUGGUUCUAAUCAACCUUUUGUUGAGACCGUUUUUAUGCUAAGGGCUGCCCAUUCAGUUGUAAAUGGUUAUGUAUUCUUUCUGAUAUGUAAUUUAGGACAAGUUCACUUCCUUUCCUUUUUAUUUGGCAACCUAUUUGCUAUUACUAUUUUUGUAACCUUUUGUGUGUUUCAAUAAAAAAAUACAUUUCUUUUCCUUA